CCCAGCCCUAAUUGCUAACAAUGAACUGCAUGACAACCGAAGAGUUAACAUUUCGAUGUUUAAUGUUGAAGAUUCAGACAUUAGGUUGUUCACAUGAAGUUGUAAUAGCCUAGUAGUUUCCUGUUGAACCAAUGUAAUUAAAAUAGGGUAAUAAUAAAGAUUGUAACCACAAUGAAGUGAACUCCAUAAAGGAACUUGUCCUUUGUUUUUGUUGCCAUGAGAAGGUAGUAGGCUGCUGCAUUUGCGAGGCAUAUCUUUUAACAACCGGCAUCAUUGCAUUUCAUUUGGUCCACUGCAAUACCUUUGAUUUAUUUUGUAAACAUCUUUUUUGUACAUUGCUGUGGGUCAUUCCCAUUAUCUUUGUUCAUUAAUCAAAAUCACCUGUAAGGGUAAUUUAAACAUUUAAAAACAGUCUUAUAAAACAUGAUUUGGAAACUUGAGACAUAUUUGGGGGGGGGGGGGGGGGGGAGUUGACACCAAUUGCUUCUGAUUUCAUAAUGCAUGAAGAAGCCAUGCAUUGUUUAAUUUCUGUGGUAGAUACAUUGCAAGCCUGUAUUUAUGUUUCCUUGAAAAGUUCUGAAUGUAAAUCUCUGUUGUCUUGAUGGUUGUCAUUUCAUGUAAUGUGAAUGUAAUGAAUUGUCAGGUUAGGGUUAUGUUUAGGCCUAGCGUUGAGUUUUAGAGACUGGUUAACAUUGGGGUUGGGGUUAAGUUCAGGUAUCUGGUUAAGGUUAGGCAAAGUGUUGAGUUUUAGGGGCCUGACUGUGUGUGUGUUACACCCCACCUUUACGUGGCCCUUUAGGGGUGAACAAAAACCCACCACUGACCCCAAAUCCUAAUAAAUAUCAGUAACACCUUUUAAAAUUUACCCAACCAGUGGGAUUUAUUAAUGAAGAUAAACCAUAACAAAACACUACAUAGACAUGACACAAAGUCCAAAUCAAAAGACAAGACAAAAUCCCAGGCUGAGAGGCAACAAGACAGCCAGCAGUCCCCACACCAAAAGCCUCAAGACUGGGAACACAUUGACUUAGCUGACACCAGAAUUUACCUGGCCCCUCUAUGUGAGAUACAACAACUUGUGCAGACCUUCCUAUGGUGAAUAAAUGCUCUUUGAGAACAGUUUUUGUAUGACCAAUCACAAAAUCACAUGUACUACAUUGCUCAUUGCUUUUCAGGCUUUCCCCCUCAGUCCAGUCCUCUCCAGAGCCCUCCGCUGUGGAGCACCCAGAGUCUGGUCUUGAAAUCAUGGAUGACAGCAGCAUGGAUGACAGCGGCAUGUAUACCAGCGGUGGUGAAUCCCAGGCUACCACAAUAUUAUUCUCCAGGAGUGAGGGUGACUUUGUGUCGCCCUCUGAGUUUGAGGACGAUGGGCACAGCCCUCUUCCUUCUCCACCUCCACCUCCACCUUCACCACCACCCCAGGGCUUGCUCCCCAGACAGCCCAGACUGUGGCUGGAGAAUGAUAUGGAUGGCUACCUUGGUGACGAGGAAGAUAGCGAUGAGGAUGAUGAAAAUUUGUAAUUUUGUAUAUUCUUUAUCUUCUUCGGCCCUUAUUGCUUAGUUGUGCUUUUUAUAUUAUAUACUUUUAAUUACUUUUUCUGCUGCUAUUGAAUGU